AUGUCAACCUCAGCCCGUCCCCUCCUAAUCGGCCCUCCUUCUGGCCCCGAAUCCCCCUAUCCUUUCCGCAUGUCUGGCCCCGUUAUUUCCGGCUUUGGCCGCGGCUCCAAAGAACUGGGCAUCCCAACCGCAAACCUACCCGUGGACGCCUCCCUAAUCCCCUGGAUCACCGACAUUCCAUCAGGCGUCUACUUCGGAUGGGCGGCUCUGCACCUGGACCCCUCUCACCCGGAUUACCCCUCAAAACAUAAACUUCACAAUGGCUUCGCCGUCUACCCCAUGGUUAUGUCCCUAGGGUACAACCCGUUCUACAAGAACACCGUGCGCUCGGCGGAGGUGCACAUCCUGCACAAGUUCAGCGCCGACUUUUACGGGAGGCCGUUGAGGCUGCUGAUUACGGGGUUUGUGAGGGAGGAGAGAGAUUAUGCGUCGCUGGAAGCGCUGGUGGAGGAUAUUUUGUUUGACUGCCGCGUAGCGAGGGCCAGUUUGGCGAGGAGGGGAUGGCGUUUGAAGGGAGUUAGCUUGGCGGUUGAGGUUAAGGGGGAGGGAGUUGAUGGGGAUGAAAAGGAAGGGGAGGGGGCAUUGGAUGGAGAGUGGUUGGUCCGUCAGCUGGAUGAAGGGGAGCUGGAGGCCGGUGAGAAGUGGAGGAAGGAAAAGGAAGAGAAGGAGAAACAGAAGGGAGAAAAUCAGUAA